CCUACGGCACAUGAAGGCGGCAUCAGACUGCACUGCAUACGCGCCGUGGCGGAGAGCGAAGAUGGCGGAGAAUAAUGUCGAACCAGAGCACGAAUGGAGCGAACGGGCCUUGGACACGGCCGAGGAUACUCUGGUUGCAAUUGAAACCCUGCUGGCCACGUUAAGAGCCUUCGAGGACGUACUCAGGCAACAAGAAAUAUGCAUAGCAUCUUCGAUAGAGUAUUGCGACAACUUCUGUCAGGCGCUGAUGUACUAUGCUGGGAGCAGGAACUCCAUGGAGCAUGGUCUUCCUCUACUGGAGGUCUACUGUCUGUCCAUAAACUGCUUUUCAGCAGCCCGAUCCCACCUCACUGCAGAGUCUGACAAAGUUGCCCUUGUUCUGAAGAGACUAGCACUGAGCUGUUUUGAACUGUUGCUGUCUGUGCCUGAGAAUGAAAUCCCUUAUGAAGCCUGGGUUCAAUUCCACAACUCAGUUCAGAAUGCUCAUGAAACCUUGUUACAGUAUGGAAGUACAGACCUCCAAGCAUUACUCCAGAUCACAGGAGAGGGAGGAGCGUGGAGCAACCCCGUCCUUAAUUCUCUUCUCACUGGCCAGGUCACCAACCCAGAAGAAGUGGAUGCAUACAUCAGCUUGGAGGGUGAGGGCUUCAUGGAGAUGCGAGUGAAACAUCUGGAGAAGAUGGGCGAAGCUGCCAAGGCCGUGGUGCUGGCCAAAGCUUGUACUGAAUGCAGCUUUAUUUCCAAUCAAGGAACUUUUCGUCAAACAUACGUCUCCCUGCUUUGUCACCUGCUGCCCAGUGAAGAAGCCAUCAUGGAGAUAUCCAGACUUGACUGUAAGGAUGUACUGGAGAUCACUUGUAAUUUGGAGACAGAGGGGGAGGAGAAUACAGCCUUCAUCUUGUGUACAACUUUCCUGACUCAGCAGCUUCAGCAGCAGAGCCUUUACUGCUCCUGGGAGUUGAUUCUGUUGUGGAGUAAACUUCAGAAGAGGAUCGACCCCUCAUUGCUGUCUCUUCUGGACCGAUGCCUUCAACUAGGUGCCAUAGCCAAAACGGCCCACCAUUUGCUUUACCUGGUCCGUGUGAUUCAGACAGAGGUGAGCUACUGAGGGCUACCUGCCUCAGUAGAACUUUGUGUCAAAGCACUUCAGCUUCCAAAGCAGGAUGAAUCAGAAACAAGGAUCUCUGUCUGUAAGACAGUGUCUUGCCUUCUUCCAGAUGAUCUUGAAGUGUUGCGUGCCUGCCUACUCACAGAGUUUCUGCUUGGCCCCAGCCAGGAAGUCUUCAGCUGCCUCGAAGAGCUUUACUUGCGCCCAGAUCAAAAGUAUGACCAGGAAAAUGAGAUUAUUCCCAACUCACUACGCUGUGAGUUGCUGCUAGCACUGAAAGCGUACUGGCCUUUUGACCCUGAAUUCUGGGACUGGAAAACUCUCAAGUAUCACUGCAUCUCCCUUCUUGGGUUGAUGCCAGAGUCAGAAGGGGAAGAGGAUGAGAUGGUAGACAAACAAGAGAUGUUUAAACAACCUGAGCUACAGGGAAUCACAGUGAAAGAAUCUGAACAUCAAAAGAGGUUCAAUGGGAGUCUUUAUGAUCAUGAUGAGCAGGAUAAAAAGCUGUCUUCCGACUUGCCAGAAAUCCAAAGAGAAUAUGAGACAAAGAAACACAAGUUCAGCUGUCAGAUUUGUAAAAGGUCGGUCACGGACACCCAAAUCAUUCACCACUCCAAAAGACAUGCAGAGGACAACAGCCACCCCUGCCCUGUUUGCUUGGAAGCGUUUAAGAGCAGAAAGGAUCUUGUUCCUCACAUAAAACAGCACAUUCAGAGUGAAACACAUCCUAACCCAAACAUUAUAAAGACAGAGGAUGUGCAGAAACAGAUAGAUGAGGAUGAUGAGAUUGAACCAGGUGAGAUUACUAUCGACCCUUCCUUAAUGCUGUAUUACAAAUCCACACAUGAUCCAGAUGUGCUGCACCAUAUUGUGGAACAAGUCAAAACGGUGAAAGAGAAACAUGCAGAUGAUGAUGAGCAUGUAACGUUCGAUUACAUUGACCAACACUUCCGACUGCAGAACCGGGAAGAGUAUCCAUGUCCAGGGACAGGGUGUACUCGGGUUUUUAAACAUUCCAAGUACUUAUAUGUCCACUUAAAGUCAGAGCACAAAGGUGAUGAGAAUGUUAAACAUUUUCAUCAGAUGAGAGACAAGCGGGAGAAAUGUGUUUUUUGUCGACGCCAUUUUGUUUCAGCUUACCAUCACCGCAAACAUAGAAGGAUUCAUUAUGGUGAUCACCCCUACAUGUGUGUGGUUAUAGGUUGUGGCGCUCAGUUUAGUACUUCCAAUGAACUCGUCACGCACAAACAGACCCAUGGCUAUCAGCUCAACUACCAGUGUGAGCUCAAAGGCUGUUACAUCACUUACUCUGACCUGGGACAAAUCUACCAUCAUGAAGCACAACAUUUCAGAGAUGCUGCAUUUUCCUGCUCUAGUGCUGAAUGUAAGAAAUUCUACUUGUCAAAAAAGGAAUUUUUAAAGCAUUUAUCCACACACAACAUCACCUUCUCUGAAGAUGACUUUGAGGCUCAGAGGAAGGCAAAGAGGAAACUUUUUAAGACUGUUACUGAGGCGACGCCUCACCCUGAUAACUCUGUACAUCCAGAGACCGUAAAUGUCCUAAACUCUUCCUCCAUGAGUUGUGCCUCUUCUUUGCAAGAGUCUGACAACAAAGAGCCCAAAACAACAAUGACCUUGGUGGCUGUGUGUUUUGAUGGAAGUAAGUUCACCUGUGGUUUUGAGAAGUGUGGCAUGACUUUCUCCAGAGCCAGAGAUGUCCAGAGACAUCUGAAAUGUGCUCAUCCUGAACACCUUAAACUGGAGAACAAAGAACACAAGCAUGAUAAAGAGCAGGGCUCAAAGUCCAAAGGGAUACUAACUGAAACUGAACAAGACAAUGACGAAAAGGGGAAAAAUGAGCUCUCAUCUCCAUUUCAACCUGUGGAGGGUAUCAAAGAGAGAAAGUCCUCUAUUCAUCACAAAAACAAUGAAACAAACUCCUCAAGACUUCAAACAAAAAAUGAUGCUUUGAAAGAAAUUCUUAUUGGGCUCAGUAAACUGGACCUGAAUUCCUCAUCACCACACAGUGAGCCAAGUGAGCCUGCUCAGUCCAGCCCAGAGUCUAACGUAUCACAAAUCUCUCUUCACCAGGCAAUUAUGGCUAAGCCUCCGGUUGUAUUGCUUCAAAAGAGGCCACCACAUCUGUCUGAGGAAAGGGAAAGAACUGUCAAAACUGAAGAAGCAUUAGCAGCUGAAGAAAAGGGGAGUGUUGAGUCAUUAGGAGCAGCUAAGCCGUAUAUCUGUGAGAUGAAAGGUUGUGGCUUUAGGACCGCGCAGAGUUACAGCUUACUGCGACAUUAUAAUACCAAACACGGCCAUACCAUGGAACAGGCCAAGAGGUUGACUUCUUUGAAAACUACAUCGUUUAAGCCUUACGUGUGCCAGCUUUGUUCUAAGAGUCACAGAGAAAAACAAGUGUUGAGGACCCACUAUAUUCAGGUACAUAACAUGAGUGAGAAUUUUGUAGACAAAAUAAGUUGUGGAUCUGUAAAGUAUGAGGGAAACACAGACACUGUGAAGCAUACAAGUCAGCAUUCUACGACACAAGAUCUCAAAGUGAGGAGGAAAGAGAUCCCUAAGUUGCAGCGCCAACAUGACAAAAAAAACUCAACCAUGACAACUGAAAAUGGACAAAACUUUGACAAUCCAUCUCCAUCUGAAGAGGAAAGGGAGGAUGAAGCAGAGAGCAGAGAGGAAGGCAGUGAGCAAAAGACAGAAAAUGAGGACAGAACCACACAGCAGGUCAGAACUACAAGACGUUUGGUAACCAAAAGUAAUCUUUGCUAUAUACUGGAUAAAUUCAGUAAACCUUUUCAUUGUGUAGCAAAAAACUGUGAUGCAGCUUUUUCCACCCAGGGAGGCCUUGUGCGCCACCUACAGUUGGUACAUCACUACAAUCGCUCUCAGCUUUUGUUGGAAAAGGAUUUUGAUGUGCAUCACAGUCCAGAAGUCCGAAAAGAGUCUACGAGGAAAAGGCCUCUUUCACACUCGGAUGAACCGCAGCCCCAGUACAAAUGUCACUUUGCCAACUGUAGUGCCUCCUACCAUCUUAAAAGCAGCCUAGUGCGUCACACUCGUGAUUACCACUCUCAGCCACCAGAGUUAACAAGAUCCAAGUACGAAGGCUGCACAAGAGUGUUUGGCCAUAAUGAUGGUUUCAAAAAACAUACACUUUAUAAUCACUGUGAGUACUAUGAUUCACUGGUGGUACGGCUACAGAGCACUCACAAAAAGUCAGUUACCGGAUGCCAAAAGAAGCUUAUUGUCACACCACAGACUCUUCAGAAAGAAGAACCCAGUUCACCCACCCCACAGGCUGAGAGAUCAAGUCCCAAGCCUGAAGUAAUUUCUCAGUCAGAGGAAAAAGGCGAGCAGGGUCAUGAGGAGACGAAAGCAUUAGGAGAAAAAAAGAAAAGCAGGAGAAAUUCAUAUGACAGUCUUGUCUUCAGGUCCCAAGAAGAAGCACUACAGAUGUGCCAAGAUCGCUGUCUGCGGGUGGCCUAUCCAUGCAUGGUCCAGGACUGUGAUUCUGUCGUCACAUACUUGCAUAGCUUGCAACGACACUAUCUGAGGGUUCACCGCCUGCGUCGAGAAGAUCUUGUUAAAAAUGAAGAUAAGCUUGUUUUUACAGCUGAGCGGCUGGAGGAACUAAUUCAGAGGAAGUCAGCCAGGCCAACUGUUGCAGAAACGUGUGCCCCCAAUGGGGUUUUCAAAAUGGAGUAUCAGGCAGAGCCAGAAAACACAGGGGGGCAGCCUGCACCCAUGAGCCUGCACUCCAUUAAGGCAGACUCUCAGGAUGAGGAUAAUCAUGAUCCGCUAGGAUUCCCAGAGGAGGAGCCACUGCCUGUUGAAAGAAAUGGUGUGCUUGUUGGUGCAGAUGAGGUACUGUAUGGCGAGCCAAGCACUGGUGGGCACACUGAGGACUCAGCUGCAGCGACGCAGACCACUCAGAAACAAGAGGAGAGAUUAACCUUGGAUAAAAUCAAACCUCUUCUCCGUCCACUCACUGUUGACCUUUCACCACCAUGCUCACUGCACAUUACUGCUGAAGAGGGCUUUCAAGAUGCAUCAGGAAACAAGGAUAGUGGUAAAAUGUUAAAUGGGUCAGCGGCAUUGCCUACCCCACUUGUUCGACAGCCGCUGAAAAGGAAAAAUGAACUGUCUGAACAGCCAUCAAACAAGAAAGACUCUCAGCCUUGUAGCCCUUCUCCACACCCUUUUGACAUUGCCACCUAUAAGCCUAUGGGUUUUGAGUCUUCAUUCCUGAAGUUCAUACAAGACAGCACCCCAAAUGAAAAAAACACUACGCCAGUGAAACGGCGAGACUCAUUCAGACGCAGCUGUUCCGUCAAGGAGAACAACCAGUUGGGGAUCUCUCUCACUCGCAGCAGACGUACUCAUUCCCAACUGGUGAAGCCCCACGGUAUGACUGGGGACUUCACAUCAGUUCAAAACUUGAAGUCCAUACUGGACAAAGCCCUGGCUGGGUGUGGGGAUCUAGCCAUUAAGCAGCUUCAGUACCUCAGACCUGUGGUGGUCCUGGAGAGACCUGUGUGCACCACCCUUCCUAACCUCUUCCCAUCAGAGACAAACAGCAACCUGCUUCUUGGAAACGGCAGUUAUGAAGGCAUUGAGAUAACACCUGAUAAAUCAUAAUAUGUGUAUAUACUGUAGUUCUUCAAGAUAAAUGUACAGAUUUUCAGAUAGUUAGAAAUGGUCGGUAGUGUAUUGCAAGACCCUUUCACUUGUGUGAAAAUGUGACAGAAAACAUUUCCUUACUACAAAGUUUUUGAGGAAUAUGUUGGAUAUUUUUCACCCCACUAUAAUAAAUCAGUGUUGGGAUGCAGUGGACAGAUGUUGACAGACAUGUAUGUACCAUUUUCUAAUAAAAUAAAUGUAAGUGAUGGAAAAUAAGUGUAAAUGAUUAUAAAGCUCUUUCCUUUCUGAAUUGUGUAAUUGGCUUUUAUCUUAUACAUGGUAUAAUAUAAAAAGGCACUAUAUUUUUCCGCUGCAGGCAGGCCCAAAAUUCAUCAGCUG